AUGUUGAACCCCCACAAUGAGAAGCGGCCGUCGUCCCCAGAUUUCCACAAAGAAUAUGCCUGGGAUCGUAAAGACAACGUUGACGGUGUAGGUGACAAACGAGAUGAGGUACGAGUUUGCUACUCCGGCAUGCACAAAGAAGUUGACUCCGUAGUAGAAGAUGAAGUUGAUUCCGGAACAUUGUUGAAGAGCCUGCAAAACCAUUCCGAUCAUCAUUCUGCGCAGCUGGUUAGCUCUGCUUGGAGAACUGCGGAAACAGUCGAGAAUGCUUGUUUUUCCAAAACUCAUUUCAUAGUCGUGACUGGCCUUGAUUUCUAUCAGCUCUUCGAUGAGCGACUUGUCGUUGAUUUCUAA